CCAACAAAACGGAAGUUAAGUUAAGUUUAGUCAGAGUGGGUCUUGGAUCAUCUACUGUUUGUGGAGCUGAAGCACCAAACGACACGAUGUUAAAGCAGGAUGAUGAUGGUCGUUGGAUUUUUUGAAAACACCUAAAAGUUCAUCCACUCAUAUGCUGAAUCUCAGUCCAAAGGCAGCCUGAUCCUCUCCAUUAACAAAGAAUGACAACUCUUCGCAGAGUUCUCCGAAGAAGACUGCACCCUUAUGUACUGGCAAUAGUGGCCCUAGUGUUUGUGACAUUUGUGUUCUUCAUACAAUGGGAGGUUGGUACCCAAAGCCAGCCGGAGGACCCUUGGCUGAAGGGGAUGUCCGUGAAGCGGGACAACGUGCUGGGUUUGGUGAUGGGAGCUGUCAAUAACCUGAGGGACUCCAUGCCAAAGAUGCAGAUCAAAGCCCCGGUGAGGCAGCAGGGUCAAUCAGGCAGUGGCUCCUGCCUGCCGGGUCACUACACUGCUGCUGAGCUCAGACCGGCUCUGGAGAGGCCGCCUCAGAACCCGCUCGCUCCUGGAGCUGCUGGGAAACCUUUCCACACAAACUCACUGAGCCCCGAAGAGCAGAAGGAGAAGGACAGGGGUGACGAGAAACACUGCUUUAACGUUUACGCAAGUGACCGCAUCUCUUUAAGCAGAGACCUGGGAGCAGACACAAGACCACCGGAGUGUAUUGAGCAAACCUUCAGGCGAUGUCCCCCCUUGCCCACCACCAGUGUGAUAAUCGUGUUUCACAAUGAAGCUUGGAGCACUCUGCUCAGGACAGUAUACAGCGUCCUCCACACCUCUCCGGCCAUUCUCCUCAAGGAGAUCAUCCUGGUGGACGAUGCCAGCGUUGAUGAUGUUUUGAAGGAUGAGCUGGAUGAGUAUUUGAAGAGGCUGAGCAUCGUGCGAGUAGUUCGCCAGCGAGAAAGAAAAGGACUCAUAACCGCUCGGCUGCUGGGUGCCUCUGUGGCCACCGGUGACACGCUCACCUUUCUCGACGCUCAUUGUGAAUGCUUUAAUGGAUGGUUGGAGCCUCUGUUGGCAAGGAUAGCUGAAAACUACACUGCUGUAGUGAGUCCUGAUAUAACCACUAUUGAUCUCAACACGUUUGAGUUUAUGAAACCGUCCCCGUAUGGACAGAGCCACAAUCGGGGCAACUUUGAUUGGGGUCUUUCUUUUGGAUGGGAGACUCUACCAGAUCAUGAGAAACAACGGAGGAGGGAUGAAACGUAUCCCAUUAAGACUCCCACGUUCGCUGGCGGCCUCUUUUCUAUCUCUAAAGACUAUUUUUACCACGUCGGAAGCUACGAUGAAAAGAUGGAAAUCUGGGGAGGUGAAAAUAUUGAAAUGUCUUUUAGGGUGUGGCAGUGCGGUGGACAGCUGGAGAUCAUCCCGUGCUCCAUUGUUGGUCACGUGUUCCGCACUAAAAGCCCCCACACCUUUCCUAAAGGUACGCAAGUUAUUGCUCGAAACCAAGUACGGCUGGCUGAGGUUUGGAUGGACGAGUACAAGGAAAUCUUUUAUCGUCGUAACCAGCAAGCAGCGCGAAUCGCAAAAGACAGACAUUUUGGAGACAUCUCCGCCCGCGUGGACCUCAGAGAGCGGCUGCAGUGCAAAAGCUUCUCGUGGUUUUUGAAGAAUGUUUACCCAGAAGUCUUCAUGCCUGAUCUCAACCCGCUCCUCUUUGGCUCGGUUAAAAAUGUGGGUAAAGCCUCAUGUAUGGAUGCUGGGGAGAACAACGAGGGGGGAAAACCACUGAUUAUGUACCCAUGUCAUGGACUUGGAGGAAACCAGUAUUUUGAGUACUCCACACAUCUAGAGAUUAGACACAACAUUCAGAAGGAGCUGUGUUUGCAUGCCACAGAGGUGGCUGUGAAGCUGGAAGACUGCCAGUACAAAAGCAGGAAUACAUUAGUGGGAGCAGAACAGAGAUGGGAACUGAAGGAUAACCAGUUGCUCUACUUACCAGGAUGGAGCAUGUGUCUGACUGCUCGUCACGAGCUUCCCUCUUUGGCUCUGUGCAACCCCUCGGACAGAUACCAGCACUGGUCCUUCGUCUAAGUGUGCAAAACACUACUUAAAACAUGUCUACUUUGUAUGCACGAGCAUACUCUAGGACACGAGUAUUCUAUAAUUUAUGCAGUUUUUUUUUUUUUUAGCUCAGUAACCUCUUUGAAUUUUAAUUUAUUUUUAUACUUGGAAGAACUGAACUACUGCUGCUGGAACGUCUGGACUUUAGAAGAAACCAUCAUGUGCCACUGUUACAAGGAAGUCAACAGUUCUUGCAGCAGUUAAGACGCACGUUAGACAAGUGCCUCUUUUUUACGUUUUACACGUCUUAAUAGCUUCACAAUCCAAAUAUGCAAUAUUUAAAGUCAGCCUAUACUUUAGUGAACUCGAGUGGGGCGGACAACAGGCUCAAGCUGGUUAUGUGAUGCACCAAAGAGACAGAAAGGAAAAGGCAGAAACACACGAGACUGACAAGCAUUGACCCAUUGAAGUAUAUUCUUUAAAGUAUAAGAUUGUUUAUUUGGAACUGUCCAGUGCUUUUUGAUGGCAUGUUUUUUUAACUAGUAUUUUAUCUUUUUAUUUUAUAAAAUUUUUGUGACCGAGGUAUGCAAUUGAUGAAGGUUGAGAGGUUGCAACAAACCAUUACCUAUUAUUUUCUGCUUUUUAAAUAUAUAUUUUUUUUUAUCU